GGUCACUUUAUAAACACUUGUCCAUCAAACCUCUAACUCGAGAGCUUGAGGCCAUUAUUGCUUGCACAUUUCACCCAUCUCCUACAUUCUUAGCCAGCGAUCUUUCAAAACCCCUCCACUACGCUGGCUCAUUUCAUCUCUACAGCAACCCAAUUUGUAGAGAAGGGUUUGCUUUUCCGAAUACCCAUUUUGCUACCUACUUUCAUGUUUACAGCUUUUUGUUCCUACAAUUUUCUGCCUCUCCAUAUCCCUUUCGUUCGUACACUUCCUUUCCGGUGAUCAUAUGGAUUGUUUUAAGAUGAUAUAAUCCUUGCUUGCUCUCUCCACUCCAGAUUUUGCCAUCCGCUACUGUUCUUCAAGCUGAAACUGUGAUAUCUUUUGUGCAUUUUUUGUUUUCGCAAUGGAAAAGAAAGUACUUGAUUGCGAGCAAAACACUCUGAUCGGGGAACUCAAUCAAGGGAUGGAGCUAGCAAAGCAGCUCAUGAAUCAUAUCCACCCUUCUUCAUCGCAUGAAACGCGUGAAGUCUUAAUUGGGAAGAUACUUUCUUCCUAUGAGAAAGCACUUUCAGCUCUAAAUUGGGGAGCUUUUGUGGGACAGACCAAACCCAUCAUUAGCAAAACGGAAUCUCCGAGUCAUUUUGGCAAUAUUAGCCCAAGAAGCGAGGGCUCUGACCCAGAAUAUAAGCACAGAGAUGUCUACAAGAAAAGAAAGACAAUGCCCAAGUGGACAGAACAAGUGAAGGUUGUCUCUGGGACAGGGCUAGAAGGGCCUGUUGAUGAUGGUUAUAGCUGGAGAAAAUAUGGGCAGAAAGAGAUACUUGGAGCUAGCUUUCCAAGGGGUUACUACAGAUGCACUCAUCGAAAUGCACAAGGCUGUUUAGCCACGAAGCAAGUCCAAAGAUCGGAUGUAGACCCAACCAUCAUCGAGGUAAACUAUCGAGGACGGCAUACUUGUAGCCAAUCAUCUCGUUUCAACAUGGCACCCUCUUCAAGAACAUGUGAAAGUUUAGAGGAGAACAGGAAUACUUGUCACCCAAAACAACAACCACAUGAGGAAGAAAAGCCGCCACAGGAAAUAGCAUCCGAGUUUGGAGCAGGGCAUUUGGUCAAAGCUGAGGAGUUGGAAAAUGGGGAAGAUGAAAAAUUUCCAAUCUUUUCCUUCCCUUCUACACCAAUUGAAUCCGAAAAUGCAGAUGACAAUAUCUUCUUUGAGUCAUCAAUGUUGAAUAGCCACUUCAUUGGUAGUCUUUCUCCAACAUUUAUAUCACCAGCAACAUCCGAAUCCAACAUGUUUUGUAUGUCACCUUGCCAUAUAAACAGCCAUGGAUUAGGCCACAAUUUGCAGACUUCGGAAUCUGAUCACACUGACAUAAUUUCUGCUCCAACCUCGGUCGUCAAUUCACCUAUUGGAAAUUUUGAUUUCUCACUUGAUCUAGACCCAUAUUUCCAAUUUGACAACCCCGAAUUCUUCUCCUAAUUUUCACUCUUAAGGCCACAUGAGAAACAAAGAAAAAGAAACAUGUUGGCCUAUUUGGCAGAUUGGGCAUUGCUCUUGUAUCCUUGCCAGCAUUGAAAGAGAGAUGAGGAUGAAUGUUCAUACCAGUGAUGUCCAUAGUUAGUAACAUAUGAAAGCCUCUUAUGUUGGUGUCCAUGAGAAUUUAAGUUGUAAAAGUUUCGAAGAAAUGAGUAGCUGUAGUUCAAGGUGUUAAUUUUUCCUCCAUGUUCCUUUUCUUUUCUGCUUUUAUUGUAAUUGAUUUUUGGUUUCUGAUUAGAGCAAUUGACUCGUCUUUUGCUUUUCGAUUGAAA